AUGAAUGAUGAUUUAAUGCUGUCCGAUGACAGAAGAAGGACUCCUACAUUCUGGUUUUAUCCCUGCCUCCGUCAUCAUGAGACUGUCUCUGGUUUCACAACAUCUGCUGGUGUUCAUAUCAGUCCUGUCACUCACCAGGGCACAAACAACAAUGGACCAAACAACAUUUACAUUAAUAACACCUACAACAAUAACAGCUGCACCGACAACAACACCAACAACUGCACCUACAACAACACCUGCACCAACAACAACAACAAAUGCACCAACAACAACAACAGCUGCACCGGCAACAACACCAACAACAACAUCUGCAUCAACAACACUACCUACAACACCAUCAACUGCACCAACAACAACAGCAAAUGCAACAACAACAACAACUGCCCCAACAACAACACCUACAACAAUAACAGCUGCACCGGCAACAGCACCAACAACAACAUCUGCAUCAACAACAAGACCUACAACACCAUCAGCUGCACCAACAACAACAACAAAUGCAACAACAACAACAACUGCCCCGACAACAACACCUACAACAAUAACAGCUGCACCUACAACAACAAAUGCACCAACAACAACACCUUCAACAAUAACAGCUGCACUGGCAACAACACCAACAACAACAUCUGCACCAACAACACCACCUACAACACCAUCAACUGCAACAACAACAACAACAAAUGCAACAACAACUGCCCCAACAACAGCACCUACAACAUUGACAGCUGCACCGCAACAACAACAAAUGCAACAACAACUUCACCGACAACACCACCUACAACAACACCUACAACAACACUGGCAGGCAUUACAGCAACAACAACAACAACAAAGUCAUUGACGGACCCUUGCUACAAAUACACUGUGCUGGAUGAUCCUUGGAGAUCCCCAGACUAUCCAUAUUCCCCCCAAUCCUUAAUGUGUGAUUAUUAUGUCAACUGGGUCGGCUGGUAUCGUCUCUUCAUUAAUGGUCAGAGCGCUCAGAUGUCAGAAACAUGUGUUAAUGAGCUUAGUUGUAGCACUCAUGCCCCAAUGUGGCUGAACGGAACGCAUCCAAAAGUUGAGGAUGGAGUGGUCAGUCGAAAUGUCUGCGGUCACUGGGAGAAUAAAUGCUGCCGUUUCCAAUCCAAUCCCAUUAAAGUGAAAGCCUGUCCAGGAGGUUAUUAUGUGUAUGAGUUUGUGAAACCAAAUUACUGCUCUGGGACCUACUGUGCAGCACCGAAGAUAUUCUACCCAUUCGGUUCAGCAGUAGGAGACACAAGAAAUCCUGCUGCUGAAGAUGGAAGCUCUUCUGUUAUUCAGCUGUUGAGUCCAUUUCUGUUCUUUGGUCGCACAUACCAGCAGAUUUAUGUGAAUAAUAAUGGAUACCUCACAUUCAACCAGCCUUCAUCAGCAUAUACUCCCUACUUCUUUCGCACUAAUGGAAGCCAAGAUAUAAUUGCAGGUCUCUGGACAGAUCUUGACAACCGUGUGAGAGGUGUUGUUUCUUAUCAUCAGUACACCAGUGGAAGUGUUCUCUCAAACACCACUAAGCAUAUAAACACAUAUUUCCCAAAUCUGAACUUCAACGCUUCUUGGGUCUUUGUUGCAACGUGGGAUAAAGUCGCUUAUUUCAGUUUAACCAACACAGACACAUCGUUUCAACUGGUUUUAAUUUCAGGCAGCAAUUAUUCCUUUAUUCUGAUGAAUUAUGGUGACAUUGCUGUAACUGGACAUCCAGUGCAGGCUGGUUAUGACACGGUAAACUCCACACACUACUUUGUGAUUCCUGGAUCAGACAGCGGCAGCUUCAUCUCAAACCUCCGGAACUCCAGUAAUGUCAAUGUUCCCGGUCGAUGGGCCUUCAGGGUGGACAGUGGACCAAGAAACAGCAUCUUGAAAAACAAUGUCAUUGGAACUCAAGUGAGACUUUCUUCAUUUUCAGACCUAACACAGAGUGGAAACAUUGAAAUGGUUUUAGAGCAUAUGAAACAGGAGCUGGUCAAGUACGGUCUGCCAAACAGCGUCGAGCUGAAGUUAAGAAAACUACAAAAGAUAAAGCCGUAA